AUGUCUUACUUCACCGAUCACUCAAUCAACGCUAUCUUGGGUGGUGACGGCCGACUCUGCUCUAGAACUGACUACGACUCCGACGACUCCAACUCGCGACAUGAAAAGUACUCCGAGUACUAUCAAUUUCACGAUGACAAGGAGUACGAGCACGGAAAAGCGAUCGAAGGGAUGAACAUGUUCAUGAAUCGGUUUAUUCAGGAAAAUAUGGACAUUGUUCAAGGUCUCCGGGCACAAAGCUUCAAGAAAUAA